AUGGAUUAUGACCUCUCAGCAGAGGGGAUAGAGGACUUCCACUCGAUAUACAAGCGACUAUCAUCAUAUUUGGUGGAAAAAGAGGCUAACGAUCGAAUUGUGACCUUGGAGGUCGUCAAUGAAGAGCUCUCUGAUCACAAGCGAGAAGACGACUUAGACAUUCAGCUGGCUCCGACAGCGCUGGACGAUACACCUCCUAAGGUCAGAGAUCCUACCGAAAAGAUUAAUUUGGGAACAAUUGAUGAGCCUAUGGAAGUGGCUAUCAGUGCUUAUCUGGAGCCUAGCGAGAAACAGAGGCUCGCCGAUUUGUUACUAGAGUUUAAAGAUUGCUUUGCGAAGAAGUAUAAAGAUAUGCCCGGCCUGUCACCAGAGUUGGUUUCCCAUCAGCUACCAACGCUCCCUGACAAGAGGCCCGUGAAGCAAGAACCACGAAGAAUGAAUGCAGAAACUCAGAAGAAUGGCAAGAUGAGGGUCUGUGUGGACUAUAGAGACCUUAAUCUCGCUACACCCAAAGAUGUUUACCCCAUGCCGGUCGCGGACAUGUUAGUAGACGCCGUCGUAGGACAUGAAUUGUUGCCCUUCAUGGAUGGCACUGCAGGAUAUCACCAGAUUCCGGUUGCGGAGGAGGACAUGCAUAAAACCGCUUUUUGGUGUCCCGGAUUCGGGGGCAUUUUUGAAUAUGUGGUCAUGCCUUUUGGACUGAAGAAUGCUGGCGCAAUAUAUCAAAGAGCCAUGAACCUGAUCUUCCAUGAUAUCCUGGGGAAGAUUCUAGAGGUUUACAUCGAUGAUGUAGUUGUGAAAUCUCGGAAAAUAGGGGAUCACAUUGCAGAUCUCAGGAAGCGAGGAAUCGAAGUUCCUGAAGAUAAGGGGAACGCAGUCAUCAACGCCUCUCCUCCGCGAACAAAGAAGGAAUUACAGCGUCUGUUGGGUAAAAUCCAGCCUUUCUCGCCAUUGCUGAAGUUACAGGGGCAGAAUGAGUUCGUUUGGGAGCCUAAACAUCAAGAGGCUUUUGAGAGAAUUAAGAACUACCUAGCGAGCCCACCAGUGCUUGUUCCGCCAAGGCCCGAAUUUCCAUUAAAGUUAUAUGUAUCAGCUGCCGACGCUCCUAUUGGCAGCUUGCUCGCUCAAGAUGAUGAAGGGGGUAUUGAGCAUGCUAUAUUCUACUUGAGCCGGACACUGACGGACUGCGAGACAAGAUACACCCCUAUGGAGAAGCUGUGUCUGACUUUGUAUUUCUCAGCAUGCAAGCUGCGACAUUACAUGUUAUCCUUUACUACCUGCAUCAUCAGUCAAACUGACUUGGUCAAAUACGUGUUGUCACGGACUAUUUUGCGAGGCCGUAUUGGCAAGUGGGUACUGGCCCUUUCAGAGUUUUCGUUGCAAUAUGUACCUCAAAAAGCUGUAAAGGGGCAGACCAUCGCAGAUUUUCUGGCACAUCAUCCUAUGUUGGAUCUACCAGCAACGAAGGAGUUGGAGAUAGCAUCCGCCACCGCGAUGCGACUAGAUUUGGCGCGUAUCCCAGAGUACGUGGCUCUUAUUAUCGGGCUUGAAGUUUUGUUGGAACUAGGAGUGAGGGAUGUUCAGGUCCGCGGCGAUUCUCAGCUUGUGAUAAAUCAGCUUCAAGAAAAGUACAGAUGUGUCAGCUGGUUGCUCGUGCCAUAUUUGAAUCGCACCAUCGAGCUUCUGGAUCAAUUUGAUGACGCCGAUUUGGAAUAUAUUCCUCGCGAGCGCAAUUUCGCGGCCAUUGAGCUCGCUCAACUGGCCACAAUAAUUACAUUGAAGUAUGGGGUUCGCGAGCGUAUUUUGAAAGUCGAGCGUCGCACAUUACCUUCAUGGCUCGCGAGGCCUGAUCCCCUUGACGAGCCCGUGGUCACAGUGCUCGAACCUAUUGAUGUUGAUUGGCGCAUCCUGCUGAUCGAUUACCUCAAGCGACCAGACCCCACAGCCGACAAGAAAAUGCGCUUUCUCGCCUUGAAUUACUUCCUCAAGGGUGAUGAGCUGCGACAACGUGGGGAAGAUGACAUAGACUUCCGGUGCGUCUAUGGCCGCGAAGCAAAACGGUUAAUGAGUGAAGCGCACACAGGGAUAUGUAGAGCUCAUCAGGAGGGACCUAAGAUGCGAUGGCUCAUUAGGCGACACGGUUAUUAUUGGCCCAGCAUUUUAAAGGAUUGCAUCGCUUUCGCCAAAGGAUGUGAAGACUGUCAAGCGCAUGGUCCGGUCCAGCAUGUCCCCAACAUUCCCAUGCAACCUAUCAUUAAGCCUUGGCCGGCGCGCGGCUGGGCAUUGGACCUGAUUGGGAUGAUCCACCCUCAUUCUUCUCUCCAACACAAAUUCAUCAUCGUGGCUACUGACUUCUUCACCAAGUGGGUUGAAGCUGAGCCUUUAAAGGAGGCCUCUGGUAACACCAUCCGCCAGUUCAUUUUUCGUAACAUUCUCUACAGGUUUGGGAUCCCGGAGGUGCUCGUUUCAGACCGGGGGGCAGAGUUUAUGGGAGGUCCCGUCGAGCAGCUUGUCAACGAUUUUGGCAUCCAGUUCCUCCACAGCACUCCGUAUUAUGCUCAGUCCAAUGGUCAAGCGGAGGCCAGUAACAAGAUUAUUAUUACCCUGCUAAAAAAGAUGCUGGUGGAAAACCAUCGACAGUGGCACGAUACUUUGUAUGAGACACUCUGGGCUUAUCGUACGUACAUCCAAGCAGAAUCCCACCGCUACGACACCGAACACGAAGAUUUGAGUGAGCAGCGCUUAGCGGCUUUGGAUAACUUGGUAAUGGAGAAACAGCGUAUCGCCCGCGCCUACGAUAAGAGGACGCGUGGUCGUAGUUAUAAAGAAGGAGAACUUGUAUGGAAAGCUUUUCUACCCCUUGGCGAGAAGUUAACCGGCUGCGAUCAACACGGUUACAUUUGCGAUUAUAAGGCCAAAUGUGGCAUUGGAAAACAUUCUGAAGAAACACAAAUUUUAAAGGUUGUUGAAUCUGGUUGCGGCAAGAGGAUCUGCGCAGUACAGCUGGCACUCUUCCUCUCUCCACCCAGAUCCUCCUCCGAACUGAGUCGCCGCUGCUAUUGUCUGUACCGGAGAAAGCGGGAAGGGAAUAAUCCAUCAUACCCUUCCCAGGAGGUUAUCCUCCGGGUUGGAGAUGGUAUCCAGAGCGAGCGUGACUCACAACCACAUCUACCUCCUGGGGAAAAACAGAAGCCUCGUAGUCGGGCCCCAGAGGUAGACCGCGGAGGAAGAAAGGUAGGCCUCAAAGUGGUCUUCUGCCUCUCCGCCUCCUGCUCCACGCGGACAAUCGGAGGAGACAGACUCCUCAAAAUGUGGUCCUGCUGCGUUAGGAGCAUGACGUGUUCUUCGGUUUAA